AUGGAGCUUUACCUCCUGCUUCACAGCGUGGUGAUGCAUGUCACAGCUGCGUUGGUGAUCCUAGUCUACAUCCCGCUCUCCGUUCCGGUGAAGCUGUUGGUGCGGGCGUUCGUGAAGCCGCUCAGGAAGGAGGACCUGAGAGGGAAGGUCGUGCUCAUCACCGGCGCCUCCUCCGGCAUCGGCGAGGAGCUUGCCUACCAGUACGCGAAGGAAGGGGCGUGCCUUGCGCUGGUGGCGCGGAGGGAGCAGGCGCUCAAGGGCGUGGCCGCCGCUGCCCUGGAGCGCGGCGCGCCCGACGUCCUCGUCUUCCCCGCCGAUGUCUCCGACCCCGAGCAGUCGAGGCGCGCCGUCGAGGAGACCGUCGCUCACUUCGGCAAACUGAACCAUCUGGUUGCCAAUGCCGGCAUCUGGACCAGCUGCUCCUUCGACCAAGUCACCAACAUCACCGCCUUCACCAAGCUGAUGGAUGUGAAUUUCUGGGGCUCUGUCUAUCCAACCUACCAUGCUCUGCCACACCUGAAGGCCAGCAAAGGGAAGCUCAUCGUCUGCUCCUCAGCAGCAGGCACCGUGGCCACCUCCAGGAUGGCCUUCUACAGCGCUAGCAAAGCAGCACAGCUGAGGUUCUACGAGACGCUGAGAACCGAGGUGGGCUCGGAGGUCGGCAUCACCAUCCUCACGCCUGGCUACGUCGAGUCCGAGAUAACCAAGGGCAAAGGGAUCCAGAAAACCGGCGAGGUCGCCGUCGACGAGGACGCCAGAGAUGCGCAGAUCGGGGUGUUCCCGGUGGGGCGAGUGGAGGCGCUCUGCGAGGUGGCGCUGGAGGGCAUCCGGAACGGGGACUGGUACGUGACAUGGCCGUCCAUGUACCGGCCGCUGCAGCUGAUCGCCUGCCUCGCCCCUGAGGUCCUGGACUGGAUGUCCAACGCCAUGUACAAGGAGGCCACGACCGCCCAAGGGAGGCGGCCGCUCGGGCAGCGGAUCCUGGAGGCCACUGGAGCCAAAAGGCUGUACCCGCCGUCGCUUCUGCAACCGCGGAUCAAGACGGACUAG